AUGGCGGAUGAAAGUGAUGGAUUUCCUCUUCAUAAAGCCGUUUUUGAAAAUGAUUUACCAAAUCUUUCCAGAUUAAUAAGAAAACAGGAUGUAGCUUCAAAAGAUAAGCAUGGAAACACAGCGUUACACCUAGCAGUUAUGCUGGGUAGAAAAGAGUGUGUCCAAUUACUUUUAAAACAUGACGCCCCCGUAAAAGUGAAGAAUGGAUUGGGUUGGACUGUCUUAGCAGAGGCAGUUAGUUAUGGACAUCGUCCUACAAUUUCUUCAUUGGUGAGAAAAUUCAGACAACAGUCACGAGAACAAAUGGAAGGUAGAAGACCAAAUUUAGUAAAAGCUUUAAGUAAAAUAAAUGAUUUUUAUAUGGAAUUAAAAUGGGAUUUUCAAUCAUGGGUUCCACUUGUAACAAGAAUUUUGCCUUCAGACAUUUGCAAAAUAUACAAAAGUGGGGCAAAUAUAAGAUUGGAUACGACUCUAGUAGAUUUUUCAGACAUGAGGUGGGAAAGGGGUGAUAUUUCUUUUAUUUUUAAUGGAAAUGGUAAACCAAAUGAAAGCCUUACUGUAUUGGAUAAUGUUUCUAAAGUAUACCAAAAAGUUAGACAUGAGGAAAGUGAGAUGGAAAUAGAAGACGAAGUUGAUUUACUAAUGUCCACUGAUAUCAUGGCGGCACAAAUAUCUACAAAAAGCAUAUCUUUUGUUAGAGCGCAAAGUGGAUGGAUUUUUAGAGAAGAUCGCAAGGAAUUAGUUGCAGGUCAAUAUGAAAGUGAUUUAUACACUGUUCAUGGUUUGCAGCUAGAAAGUCGGAAAAGAAGAGAACACUUAUCAUCUGAUGACUUACAAAAGAACAAAGCUAUUUUAGAAAGCUUAACCAAAGGAGCAAACUUGCAACAUUUUGACCAAAAUGAUGAACCUGUAAGAAGAUAUAGUUUACUCCCACCUCCUGAAAAGAAAGUAACUUGGCAGGAUUAUAUUAGUGCUGAUGUAAAUAAUUAUCCUAGGUUAGGAAGAGAACUUGUUUAUAAAGAAUCUACCAAAGCUUAUAAGGCAACUAUAGCAAUGAGUUCCGAAUUCCCCCUGUCCGUAGAAAUGUUACUAAACGUCUUAGAAGUUAUAGCACCUUUUAAGCACUUUUCCAAAUUAAGAGACUUCAUAACCUUUAAAUUACCAAACGGAUUCCCUGUGAAAAUUGAAAUCCCGAUUUUGCCAACAGUCACGGCUAAAAUCACAUUCCAACAUUUCGAAUUCAGAGAUGACAUUCCCAAAAACAUGUUUACGAUACCAAAAAAUUAUGUUGAAGAUCCAACCCGGUUUCCAGACUUAUGA